GUGCCGUGGCGUCCGCGGCCAUCCUUGUACGGGGCGGCGCUUCCGCCAGCGUGCGGGUUGGAAUCCGCAGUGGUCUGCGGGUGAUGGAGCGGCGGGCGGGCUGUCGGCUUGGGCUGUGGAUGCUGUUACUGCUCCUGAUCCCGGUGCAGGGCCGCCAGAAGGAGUCAGGCUCAAAAUGGAAAGUAUUUAUUGACCAAAUUAACAGGGCUUUGGAGAAUUAUGAACCAUGUUCAAGUCGAAACUGCAGCUGCUAUCGCGGUGUCAUAGAAGAGGACCUCACUCCUUUCCGAGGUGGUAUUUCCAGGAAGAUGAUGGCAGAGGUGGUCAGACGGAAGCUAGGAACCCACUACCAGAUCAUUAAGAGGAGAUUAUUCCGGGAAGAUGACUGCAUGUUUCCCUCCAGGUGUAGUGGUGUGGAACACUUUAUUUUGGAAGUGAUUCGGCGCCUCCCGGACAUGGAAAUGGUAAUCAAUGUACGAGAUUAUCCUCAGGUUCCUAAGUGGAUGGAGCCUACCAUCCCUGUCUUCUCCUUCAGUAAGACAUCGGAGUACCAUGAUAUCAUGUAUCCUGCAUGGACAUUUUGGGAAGGGGGCCCUGCUGUGUGGCCACUUUAUCCUACAGGUCUCGGACGGUGGGACCUAUUCAGAGAAGAUCUGCUAAGGUCAGCAGCACAAUGGCCAUGGGAAAAGAAAAAUUCUACAGCAUAUUUCCGAGGAUCAAGGACAAGCCCAGAAAGAGAUCCUCUCAUUCUUCUGUCCCGGAAAGAUCCCAAACUCGUUGAUGCAGAGUACACCAAAAACCAGGCCUGGAAAUCUAUGAAAGAUACCUUGGGAAAGCCAGCUGCCAAGGAUGUUCAUCUGAUAGAUCACUGCAAAUACAAGUAUCUGUUUAAUUUUCGAGGUGUAGCUGCAAGUUUCCGGUUCAAACAUCUCUUCCUGUGUGGUUCACUGGUCUUCCAUGUUGGUGAUGAGUGGGUGGAAUUCUUCUACCCACAGUUAAAGCCAUGGGUUCACUACAUCCCGGUCAAAACAGACCUCUCCAAUGUCCAGGAACUGUUGCAGUUUGUAAAAGCAAAUGAUGACAUUGCUCAGGAAAUUGCUAAAAGGGGAAGCCAGUUCAUCAUAAACCAUUUGCAGAUGAAUGACAUCACCUGUUACUGGGAGAGCCUCUUGACUGAAUACUCCAAAUUCCUGUCCUAUAAUGUAACAAGAAGGAAAGAUUAUGAUCAGAUCAUUCCCAGACUUUGGAAAACUGAACUGUAGUAGUCAUCAGAGGACUGCAAUCCUGGCAAUGGAUCUGAGAUGCUCUGUGUUGAAAUACCAUGAGCAUGACACCUAUACUUUUAACACUUUUGCCAAGCCAAACAUCCUGUUUUCCUUAUCAUGUUGUAUCCUGAAGGACUCUUGAGAAAGAUCUAAAAUGUAUGUGACAAACACCUGUUUGAAAUCAUGAAAUAGGGAUUUGGAUCUACAUCCUAACUUUCAUUUUCUUAUGAUAAAUCACAGCUUGUGCCUCAGGUCAUCUACAUGUAUCAUCACUGUGAAAUUGACUGGGUCCAUGUGAAGAUGCCCGUUGUUCUUUUAUUUGGAGCAGACCACCCAUUGUUUGGUACAAUUCAUACCUGCAACUCUGAAGUUAUUCUAGGCUUGAUGUCUGAUGCUUACCUUUAAUGUAGAAAUCCUAUGGGGUUUGUGAAAGUCCUGCAGUGACCAUGCUCUGAAGAGUCUAAGGAAGCAGUGGCUAUGCCAUGCAGCCUUGGUGGAGUUCUCUUUGUAGAAGCAUAAAUUCUUUGGCACUCAGGAGCUUCCUAUAAUGCCUCAAUUUUGCAGUUGGAUUUCAAAUGCCCGUUUUGUGCCUUCAUUCCCUUUUUAUUCUCUCUCCAAAGGAGAGAGAGAGAGAAAUUUCUUAAUACAUUUAGGAAGCAGUCUUAUUAAAAAACAAACAAACAAAAAACAAUGUUCCUGUAAUAAUAGCACGUCUGAAGUAGAGGCAGGAGGAUGAGUUCAUGGCCACCCUCAGCUUCACAAGAGUUCAAGGACAGCCUGACUACAUGAGGUCCUGUCUCAUAAACUGUAACUCAUCUUUUGCACACCUCUGAUUUUGCCUUCUUAAAUUAGUAAUAGCAGGACCAUCUCAGUUUACAGAGACCAUGAUCUUUGUAUGUGAACACAUCAUAAAGUGGCAAUUUAUAGAGCAUUUAGCUUUCAUUUUUUACUCCCAUAUGAGAUAUUUUAGUAUAAAUCAUUAUUGGAGUACUUCCUUAUUCCCCUUCUGAAAAAGAUAUACGGACAGUUUAUUUCAAGUUGCAGCUCCAACCUCACCUCUCUGAACCUCAUUCUUAGCAGUUAAGGACUAUAGUAACAAUCUGCUCAUGCCUGUAUUAUGUGCUAUCAUCACACUGCACUGUAGUUACGUGGCUGUUUCUUUCCUUGUUCUGUAAGCUUAUUGAUGGUGAGAAUGAUGUUUCACUGCUCUUGAUGUCUCCAUUAUCCAGCACAGUGCCUCACAUAGAAUAGUUACUGAAGAACUGUUGGGAGGAUGGGCGAGUGGGGAGAUGGAUGAAUACACCCACUAGGCUUAACUAAAUUCUAUUUUUAAAUUGCUCAGUUACUGGCUGCAGAGGGGAUGAGAUGCAUUGUAAGAAUUGGAUUGAUACAGAACCUCACUUUCCCUCUCAAGUAGCAAGGGAUAUUUUUGUUUUAAAAACAACGAAAGUUAGAUUUUGUAUUUAUCUGUGUACCUCAGUGUAGACGAUAUGAGAAUAAUGUGUAAUACUAUGUAAAGUGUAUGCUUUUGAAAAUAGUUCAUAUGCUCACACUUUUGAAGAUUUCGUUAUCAUUCAUACCAGCUCAAUCCCAAACUUACCAUUUGCUCCUCAAGAUAAGUCAUUCUCUCUACUGUGGCAACAGUUACUAUUGUUUUCAAUAUAACCAAAUAUAUGUUUUCUAAGAGUUGUA